AGCUUUAGACGUGAAGCCUUUUCGGAAGCAAUAGUGUCAAAAUUCGAUUACAGUAAUGAAUGUCUCACCUAAGGAAACACUCUUUCUAUGCUCGCCUUCUUCAAUAGAUAUUGACGCAUGGUUUUGCUCUAUUAAUGUCGCAACGAAUUUUCAAAGUUUGAGGUUUAAUUUCUUACAUCGAGAGAGAGAGAGAGAGAUAGCGUCCUGAAUUGCAUGUUAUGAACUCCACUAGAAGGCGAACACAGAAUUUCGUCGAUUUUGCCUUAACGAAAAGUUCUUCUUUCGCAGCCAUAUUCAAAUAUUGCCCAAGGUAAUUUUACCUACAGCUUAAAUAAAAGGAAAUUAAACAAUAGUAUAAUUAUUUGUUUAAGCGAAGUAAAGGAUAUUUCAAGGUUAACAAUCUUUAUCAAUCGGGUAUAAAAUUUCUUGUGCGAACACCUGAACACACUACUUUAAGUAUCGUGAAACGCGCGGGUGUAAUUCCAAAGUGGAAAUUUUGCCAUUUUAAAGUUUGUUUCCAGCUAAUUUUCCGCCAGACUCUCAUGUAUAUUCAGUGGCUUUGUUCUUUAUUUCAAACGCGACGUAUUUGUCAUCGACCAGGCUUUCGAAAUAAUAGACGAAAAUUUAGCGACAGUUGGCAAGAAGCCCCGUUAUUUAGCUGUCCAUUUUUCACUUUAUCUCCUCGUAAAGUUAAACGAAGAGUUUUCAUGUGUCUUUGGGCGAUUUCAUUCUCGCUUGCUCGCGGCGUGGAACCAUAUUUAGCUUUCGUGUUCUUCUGACAGCACCUCCACUUUGCCCACAAAGAACCGAGCUUUGAAUUCCAUAGAGAACUGACAAAUUCAAGGCGCCAUUGUAUCGGCAGACAAUAUAGUUACUCGGUAUCCAGUUUCGGAGGCAUUGUUUGAUGUUCUGAAUUAUUCAUUGUUUGGCAAUUAGACGGGAAAACAAUAAGCAAACUAUGUGGUCUUAUUAUGCAGCCAUUCUGGGUUAAGCAAUAAAGCAAAUGCAACAGUGUAGCCAACUAACAUGCCCGGCGCGACUCGUAGAUUAAGCGAUUCCUAUUCCGCUGCUAAAAGGAUCGCGGUAUAGUUAAGUUCCUUGGAAACUCGUUAGUUCGGGUUUAAGGGAGGGGUCCUCCACAAUGCCUCUUUUGAUCGAACAUUUGAAACACUCAAAUCACGUUUGAUUGCUUGUAUGAGAAACUGCGUUGCCAUUAAUUCAAAAUAAAUUCCUUUGAGAGUUAAAACUAAUUUGGCUUAUGAACGGGUGUAGUUGUUUACACGACUAAAGAAGAGCUGACAGGGCACACAGAGACGUAUUUGGACGCUGGACCAAUCGUGGCGCUUGUAAACAAAGGCUCUUGAAUUUUCUGAAUGUAAAAAUAUAAUCUGAACAAAAGGGAGCCGUCAUUCAUUCUGGUCUUGUUAAGAGGUACUUCGACAAUCAGGGUCGAGUGCACUGCGCGACAACAGCCCUUCAGCUUCAAGAGAUUUUCAAGUGUGCGUUGAAGAGCCAUGGCAGAUACCUCGUUCGUGAUUCAGCAGUCCUUCUCCGAGCGGAAGCACCCGCGAGUACCAAAGUGUGCUCGGUGUCGAAACCACGGUGUGGUCUCGUGGUUAAAGGGCCAUAAGAGGUUUUGCAGAUGGAGGGAUUGCAACUGUGCUCAGUGCACGCUGAUCGCCGAGAGACAGCGGGUCAUGGCGGCGCAGGUCGCCCUGAGGCGUCAACAGACUCAGGAAGAGAGCAUGCAGAUACAGAUGACGAAGAAAGCUCCGGCCUAUAUAGCCCCCCUUGUUAGCGCGGUGCGGCAGUUUAACGGUGUCGGAAGAAGUUGCUCAGACGAGACGCAGGCCUUGCUAUCGUAUCGGCGGGCAGUCGCACACGAAGCCGAAAAGGAAGCAUUACAAGAACCACCGAGGCCAAUUCAGCCCAAAUGCAACGACUCGUACGAGGUCAAAAUAAAAGAAGAACCAGUCAGCCCGGUCAGCUUUGAGGAGGAGCGAUUUUCAGAUGCUGAAGACAACCGGAAGAGAUCCGCCAGCGACGAAGAUAAGGGGCCUGAAUACGUGCACUCAAAAGUGCCACGCCUCUCCCCCCACAGGAAAGAGACGGAGACGUUCAAAUCCUCUUUAGAACUACUUCAGCGCAUCUUUCCUCACCAGAGUAAAGCUAUUCUAGAGCUGAUUCUUGGCGCUUGUGAAGAAGACGUAGUCAAAGCUAUUGAAUCGCUUCUCCCCGAGAACAACCCGCGACCCUAUCCUUUGCCAAUUCCCCUUAGAGGGUAUGGUUCGGGCCCGCUUCUAUCCUGCGAUGGAAGCACAAAGUCAGCGUUCUCUCCCAUUGCAAAGUCUCCACCGUAUGUUUAUCCGGGACCUCUACCCGCGCAAGCGCAAUCGCUGAAGAGUCCUUGUGACAAAAGCCCAGGUACGCCUAGCGCGUUUCAACCCAUCCAUUCAUGCAGCCCGCCAGAACUAAGCCCCUCGAUGGCAGAUAGAUUCCAGUUUCCAGUAGUGGCUGGGUAUUUCUUCAACAGGCCUGGUUCAUCAGCUCUUCUGUCGCUCAAUUCCGCGCAGCAGCAGAGAAAUGGACCACCGCAGCCUGGAUCCAGGUUCUGUGGGUAUUGUGGGCUCUCAAGCAAAGUCGGAGACAAGUUUUGUAGUCAUUGUGGCAAGUCACUGGAGUAAACUUACAAACAGUUAGAAAUUUAAAUUAUUAGAGUUACCAGGAAAGAAUUUACAUUGUGGUUUUGAGCGAUACGAAUUAAAUGAUACUGGCCUCUAGAGGAGUGCCUAUUUUUCUUUAGUUGCGGAAGAAUGACUUAGAAACACGGGCAUUGAUCAAAAAUUAAUGAAUUGAAGAGAUUUUAACAUCAAAGUCGUUUUGUGUAUUUAUAGAGCAGACAAAAAAGUUGAACUUGUUUUUUUGAAUAUGUCUCUUGACCAAACAGAGACCUCACGGGGAACAACGCGUACUUCCUACACAGGGAAUAAUCUAUUUACCUAAGCUAUUAAAGCUCGAGUUUGAACUGUCUCAAGAUAAUUUAUUGAGCUCAGUUUGUAUCGACCAAUUUCUGGGCUUAAGAGUUAAGGACUCAUUGUAAACUUUGUAAGAGAUUAUUUGAAAGAAAUUGAACUGUCUUAUUGGAUAUCGUCACCUUUGCUUAUAAGUCAACCUCUUAAUCCCAAGAUCUGGAGGGCGUUAAUUGCCAAUUGAUGGCAAUUGUUUAGAAAAGCAGACUCAGACUGCCUUUGUGUGGUCUUCACAGAAUAAGAAGGCAUGAAAAAAAGUUAUGACGAUUAACAAUGUAUUGUAAAUAUCUGGGAUAUCAAGAUACUCUAUGUUGCAUUUUGAUGGAAGAAUGAGUUCGUUGCAUUGUAAUAAAAUGUAGAUUUUUAAAAUCCUUCUGUAGGAGAAAAGAUGGCGGCAGUAAUUUUGCCACAAUACCGUGCGAACCUUGCACAGCCCAUAAAGUACAAGGAAAGGGCAUAUUUUAACGCUGACAUUUGUCCCUGUGCUUACGACAUUGUGUAUGCUGAGUUUAAGGAUGUAAGAAUUUUUGUGAACUAUUUAUGAGCGUUGUUAAAGUUUUCGUGCGCUAAGAAUUAUGGGUGAAUGUACCAGUCACCAUCUUUUUUUCUUACGAAGGAUUCGAACACUCUUAUGGUUAUGUUCAAGUUUCAUCUCUUUCUGUUUGUGUUGUCUUCAAUAAAUUUGUGUGAAGGUUGUAUUUAUCCACUAAUGUAAUGCCAAUCUCGUGAUGUGUAACCAAGUUUUCGAAAACUUCUGACCUAGAAUUCCUUUCCAUUUGAUUUUCCUUCCGGAAUUUCUCGGAAGUUUUGGUUAAAUGGUUAGCAUUUCGGAAAUAUAACAAUUCUCGGAUUUUCCUGAAACUUUCCACAGAAAUUUCCUUACCAUUCACCUUCGUUUCGAAAGUUUCGGAAUUUCUGGUUGAACUGUAGUAAGCGUUCUACUAUAUAUUACAACCAUGCCCAGUGAUCUCUCUUUCGUGACUUUGAUUUAUGCUCGCGUUAUACUUGUUUCUGGCAUGGAGGAGGGUUCAUUUGCAAAAAGGCGUUAUGUCAACAUGAGGGCAUUAGGAGUAUUUCUACUCCUCCCUGGGUGGGAUGCUAGUCCACCGCAGGGUUACCCCUACCCCUCCCCCCGGCAUUAAAUUCACUGGAGCGUCCAUUUAUACCCCUGGAUGGCGUGAGGCACUGUGAGAGAAAAGUGUCUUUCCUGAGAACACAAUACAAUGGCCCCGCCCAGGGUGUGAAUCUGGACCAAUCGAUCAAGAG